GUUUUGCUUGUUCUUUCAUAGCCGUAACUACUGAAACUUCCGUACGUGGUUGAUGCCCAAUACAUUAACAUGCUGCUGUUUUGUCCGACAUGUGGAAAUGUGUUGAUUGUCGAAGAAGGUCAGAAGUGUUACCGAUUCGCCUGUAAUACAUGUCCCUAUGUUCAUAACAUCACCAGGAAGGUAAACAACAGAAAAUAUCCCAAACUAAAAGAGGUUGACGAUGUGCUUGGUGGUGCUAAAGCCUGGGAAAACGUUGACUCCACACCAGAAAAAUGUCCGAAGUGUGAACACCCCCGAGCCUACUUCAUGCAAAUCCAGACCAGAUCAGCUGAUGAACCAAUGACAACCUUUUAUAAAUGCUGCAAUAUCCAGUGUGGACAUCGAUGGAGAGAUUAAACAUUUUGAUAUUCUGGCAAUGUAUUUUGAGGACACUGACAACACAGUGAAACAACAUGUACCUAUGGCUAGUCUACAGAAUCAUCCACAUUAUACAAACAUAACUGGUUUUGUUUUGCCAAAUUCACAAACAUUUGGACUAUGUUGUGAAAAGGUUUCUGUGUUGGUGAUGCAUUUUGUUUCUGGAAAGUGCUCUAAGCAGACAAUACAUAUUAUUUAACCCAUUUACUUUAAAAAAUUGUUAAUUUUAUAUAGUAAUAUUGGUUUGAUUAAUCAAUUAUCAUACUCAUUGUUUGAAAUAAAAGAUCAACUUAA